GCAGUUGUGUGGAAAGAGAGAGAGAGAGAGCGAGGACGAUGAGACGCAGAGAUGCGUUCAGGGACAGAGAGCCACUCCAUCACCCACAGAGUGACGAUGAAGAGGGUUCAGUAGAGGACGAAUCCAAAAUGUCUCCCCAAAGAGGAGGCUUGGUGAUAAGCAUCUGAACAGGAGCCAUGAGGGUUCUGACGUCCAACUUGUUCGCUCUGCUCUUCCUGGGCGCCUUCGCGGGGGUUUUCUAUGUAUGGAGCGCACUGGAGGACCGCUUGCAGCGACACAAACGGGGCUUGGGUGCUUUUUACCCUAAAUUGCUUGUGGACUUCACGGCUAAAACUUCCCGGGCUCUGCUUACGGUUCCAGUGGCGCAAAGAACCGGAUCCGAACUCAAGGUUCACAACCUGAGCGCUGCGUCUGGAGGGAGUCGAAAUGGCAAUAUGAUCGGGGAUAUGUCGACUCGGCAGCGGGUGUCUGUUAACUUGGACUCCCCUUUAGAGAAUGGGAUAUUUUGGAGCGACUGGCUGGAGGGUUUACUCCCGGUUGGCUUCACGGAGGAAUACGCCCGGACAUGGCGCGACAGGGCGAGGACAGCACGGGUAGUGAAGCUGGAACCAGGAUGCGGUAGAGUAUCCAAUCAGCUCGCCACAUUCGCGGAUGGUUCCAAAGCGUGCGUCCGUUACGGCAUCAACGCGGAUCAGGUGCAAGGUGAAACUUUGACGUAUUACCUGGCGUGUUUGCUGGGGAUAACGAACCUGCCCCCUUUAGUGUUGUCCCAACUCAACACUUACAGCGAACAAUGGGCGGCUGUGAGGACGCGUGUGGAGGGAUUACAAUGGAGCGAGCGCGCAGUGGUUUCGCUCACCGAGUGGGUUUCGGACCUCAGCGGGGUUGUCACACCUGCUCCUCUCAGGCAGGAGAGCAGCGGGUUGCACCCUGAGCUCCGUAACAAAACCAAAUCGGAGCUCUUGGAUCUCAUGCAGUGGAGCGAUCUCAUCAUAUUUGACUACCUGACAGCCAACUUUGACCGGCUGGUGAGCAAUCUCUUCAGCCUUCAGUGGGACCCACGCAUUAUGGAAAGAGACACUAACAAUCUCCUUAAAACACCCCGUGGAGACCUAGUCUUCAUCGAUAACGAAGCCGGACUAGUGCACGGUUUCCGGGUGUUGAACAUGUGGGAGAAAUACCACCAGAAGGUCCUGAGUUCCGUGUGCGUGUUCAGGAACAGAACGGCGCAGCGUGUGGCUGAGCUCCACGGGCGCAGGGACACCAGAAGAAGGCUGCUGGAGCUCUACAGAGACAGCGAACCUUUGUCCGCCAAGUUGGGGUUCCUCUCCGACGAGCACGCUGCCUUGCUCCAGGACAGGAUAGAAAUAGUUCACGCUCAUAUUUUACACUGCAAAAAGAAGUAUGGCUGACUCUAAGCACGGCGUGGGUUGUACCAUCUCCCACUGGGACGUUUUGUUUUCAUGAUCCAACUGAACUACCUCUUAGGGAUGAAAUGCAAUGCCUAAUUUCUAUAACUAUUUGUACUGUAUAUGUCUAAUUCCCAGCACAUUUCACUAUGAAGUCCACUUUGUACAGCGUUGUACAGGAACACUAUAGUGACUGGAAUAGACUACACUAGUGACCGGGGGGGGUGUACAUCAUGUAGCCUCUAUUGCUGUAUAUGCGUUGAAAUUGUUGCCUUGUGGUAUAUUAUCUUCAAAAAUGGACUCCCAAGCCUUAAUAUUUACAGUCCAUUAUUAAACAAUGCAGUUUAUGUUAGAAUCCAGUCGCUUUUAUAGAAAAUAUAAAAAAUAUAUCUUGCACAGUAAUUUGUCAUAGGCAUCACGUGCACUAUUGUAAUUUGAAUUUUUUUUAAUUCUGCCUUAAAAGUGUAGCAUAUUCAUUCACGGUGAACACUGUCAUGUUGUAAUUAAUGUACAGCAACUUGUGUUUAAUUGUAACAUUCCAUAUAAGAUCCCCCCUUUUUUUUCUGAAAUACACACUAAUUUAUGUUAAUGCUGUGUUCUGUUUUACUGUCCUACAGUGCAUCAAACAUUUCUUUUGCUGUGCUUGAUGAUGACAGUGCGCUCAUUGUGUUGUAUAAACGCAUGGAACUGGCAUGAAUGUUCCCUCUGAGCCGUUCUGUCAGCCAAAGGCACGCUACAAUGGCAAAAAACGCUAAUCCUUUCUAAUCUUACCAGGAAUUAUAAAGGAGGAGACAAGUGACACCGUUUGAUACAUUUUCAGAAGGAUUUGCUGCAUUAAAAUAAGUUGUAAUUUUUGUCCUCUACCUGAAUUAAGGUAUUUUUUAAUAGUUUCAGCUGAAGAAUGAACUAAAUAUAUGGGAAAUUAAGAUUCAUUAGGGGUGUGUAUUGGCAAGAAUCUGGCAAUACGAUACGUAUCACGAUACUAGGCUCACAUUACGAUAUAUCACAAUAUAUCACGAUACUGUUAACAAGGUGAUAUUUUUUUGUUUUUCUUGUAGUUAAAGAUUAUUUCCUGGAAAAACUGAAUUACACCAGCAAUAUACAUUUACUAAACACAUUUUUAUUCCAUUAGAACAGUAUGUUAUGCUGUAUCACAAACUUAAAGUGUAGUAUUUGGAUAAAUAAAUUAAAUUUACAAAAAAAAAAACAUAAAAAACAAAUAAAUUAAAUUAUGUCUCAAGAUCCUGCUCAAAUGUUCACAUUCUAUUAGCUGUGAAAAGAUGUAGCGUAUACAUUCAUUCAUUCAUUUUCUACCGCUUUUCCUCAUGAGGGUCGCGGCUGUCUUUGGGCGAGAGGCGGGCUCUACCCUGGACUGGUCGCCAGCCAAUCACAGGACACAUAUAGGCAAACAACCAUUCACACUCACAUUCAUACCUAUGGACAAUUUGGAGUCGCCAAUUAACCUAGCAUGUUUUUGGAAUGUGGGAGGAAACCCACGCAUGCACGGGGAGAACAUGCAAACUCCACACAGAGAUGGCCGAGGGUGGAAUUGAACGCGGGUCUCUUAGCUGUGAGGCCUGCGUGCUAACCACUUGUUUUGCAGACCCCCAAAAAUAUAUAUAGAAAAGAUUUAUAUGCAAAAGUUAAUGUAUUUUUUAGCCGAGGGUGGAAUUGAACCCUGGUUUCCUAGCUGUGAGGUCUGCGCGCUAACCACUCGUCCACCGUGCCAUCUGCAGAGUAUACAGUCCCUGACUUAUCCACCAUCAAAAGAGUAUUUUUGUGGAACAAAGUAACUAAUAUCAGUAAAAAGUCCUUUUAGGAUGCUUAAAAUAACCAUUAUUUAACAAAAUAGUGAUAUCAAUUUGAAAAACUAAAUACCCGCAAUAUCACAGUACUACUUUUGUAGUAUACAAAAGGACUUUUGCAUUUCUUGCUAGCGGCAGGUCCUCAUUGUGUCUCGUAGAUUUGUCGUGUUUCCCAAAUACUUUAUUCGGACAUGACACAUUUUACAAAUGGCGUGGGUUUUUUACAUUUCUGCACUUUGUGUAGUGCUACUUUUUUUUAAAAAUCCAAAAUUUGUCCAUAACUUCAGCCUUUGUACGCCGCAGGGGCCACUGUUAUGUGCUGGCAUUCUGCCAUGUUGAACUGUGUUUAUGUGUGAGGACGUUUCACUCGUCAAUCUCGUUUAACGUUCCUUGCCUAAUUGACUACGUAAACGUGCUGCCACUUAACGAUCGGAGGUUUCAAUUAACAUCAGAAAUGAACCUUUUGCACUUGAAUAAAUACCAUAUACAGUAGGGGUCUCAAACAUGCGGCCCGCGCAAGUUUGAUAUGGAUGCUGUAUGGUAUCAUGUACCCAGAAAAAAUUAUUACGUUUGAUUAAUGUUCAU